AUGAAAGAUGAUUUGGCCUUGAAAACUUCAGAGAUACACUCCUUAGAAAUCAGGUUAUCAGCAGAACCAGUCAAGAUCGGUGGUGAGAUGGAUGAAAAAAAAAUAUCGAAUUCCGUCUCACGAAUGGCUCUCACAACUUCUCGGGAUACUCCCUCCAUUGAAUCAGAACAAACACCUAUCUAUCAGAACGAGAACCAAAGUAUUUCAGAAGCGCCUAUUAAUCAGUCACAAAGUGCCAUUUCUUCUAAAAUAAAAAUACCAUAUAAUCAGAGAAUAGAGCAAGGUUUAAUUCAAGAAGCGAUUCUAUUUAUUCAAAAAGGAGUACUUACCUCACCAAUUAACAACCUUAAAACUCAAGAGAGUGACGUGAAUAUAGGCAAUGAUAAAGGUGGACGAGAGCUAGCUCAAUUAUUUUCUGAUGCUGAAAUUGCGGAAGGUAAAAUGGUAGAGGCCAAGCAAAAAGAAAUCAUAUGCUGGUAUACUUAUAGAGAAGCAUACCAAAACAGUGUUGCUGAAAUUCAAUCCAAAACUGGGAUUGCUGAGAAAACUGCAAAGACUCAAGUUUAUAUUAUGAUUAAAGCUUCUUUACCCAAAGUUUCAGAUGUGAAUCUAUACAAAAAGACACAAAGAGCUGGAACUAUUUAUAAAUUGUUUGGAAAAAUUAUCGAUCCUAUAACCCAGAAAGAAGUUAAGGGGAUCGGUAUAGACAAAGCUUAUGGAAUUUCAUAUGGUGCAAAAUCUAUAUCAGAAUUAACCAAUGUCCAGAUUUUAAAUAUUAUAAAACAGGUCACAGAAAAAUCACAUGACAUCCUGACCAAUGGUCAGGAUCGAACCAAACCUUUUGGUUCAAAUGAUUUAGCAGAAACCAAGUCAUUUAAAGACACAUUAUAUCAAAAUGAAUCGAUAUUUUGUCACAAGUUAUCACUAGAUGUCACUAGUUGUUUGCAGGUACUUGUGACAGAACUUGUGACGCCUGUUUGA